GUUUUUACAAAACUCAAAACUAACUUUUUCUUACUCAGCUCGAUAUCCUCUAUCAAACCAUGUAUAAAUAUAUCGAAAAGAAAAAGUGACGGAAACUUCGAAUUACGGGCGCCUUAUUUAUAUAAGCAUAUUGUCACUGAAAAAUUUAAUAAUAAUAAUAAAAUGAAAAGUUUCCUCAUUUUAAAGAUGAUUGUAUAAUAUUGGAGCAUGCUGUUUUCUGUUUCCUUUAUAGUAGCUAAAUAUCCAAAAACGUUUUUGCUCAAUUUUGAAUCAUGCCUGGAGCUCUUUUUUAUCAUUAUUCAAUGUAUUUCAUUCGUCUUACUGUUUGUAUAUUUUUAGUCUUCGAGUCUUUGGAGGGAAAAAACGAAACUUCAUAUUGAGGGCAUGAAAUAGUAUUUUCAAAGAAAUGUAAUCCAGAUAUUUAUUCGUCGACAUACUUGAAUUUCGUAAAAAUGCUUAUAAUUCUAAUUGAGUAUAUUGCAUACUAUUGGCUCAAAUCUUUUGAGAUCAGAAAAUAAUGAACAUUAUUCUAAAUUUUUAUUAAAUCAUGCUACUUCGUGGUGCCAUAUGUAUUAGUAAAUGGUUCCAUUUACGAAUGUACCUUCUUAUUGCUAGAUUACGAGAAAUUUUAAUCAAAACUUAUUUCUCGUCUAAUCGAAAUUAAGCUAGACGAACAUAACACGAGAAACUUGCACGUUUAGAAUAAUCCUUCGGUAGCUUCUACUCUUUCUUUAAAGACAGAUCUUCACAAAAAAAAUCAUACAACUAUUGAAUAAAUAUAAAAUUUUUAGUCAUUGCUUGUAUUUAAUAUUGAUUCGAAGCUAAUAAAGACUGUACGCUUAGGGGACAUAGAAAAGCGAAGUAUAUCUUGUUUUGUAUAUCAUUUUAGUGAAUAAUCCUAAAAUGAUUUGUACCAAGUNGAGUUGUGCUUACCUAAAAAAAGCAGAAAAAGAAUCAUGAAAUCAUAUAGAUUCAAAUCACUUUUGGAUUCUUGUAUCUAUUUGCUAGUUCCUUCAAUUUUUUGGACAUAUCUGAACUAUAUUUUUAUAUAGUUGUUGAUGAUGAUUAUAGUUUCAAUACAAAAAGAAAAGCUGUGCCAUUAGUUUUUAAUAAACCAAUACUCAUAGUAAAUUUGGUACAAAUAAUUUUGGCAUUUUUCAAUAGUAUUUCUGCAAAUGAUAUUAGUAUAAAUAAUUCUUCGCUUCAUUAAUUCAUAAAUAUUGAAAAAGGAGGGACAUCGGCUAAAUACUUUUCUUUUGUUGUUUGCUUAAGUGAACAUCAGAGUGGUCUGCUUCUGAAUAUUUUUUUUUUCAAAAAAUCAAUAAUAAAUUAAACAUGAUUCUGCUGCUUAUUUUUAUCUAACAAAUAACAAAAAUUCAUUCGGGAACUUUUUUAGUUUUGUAGUUGUUUAUUUGACGUACCAUAAACUCACUUUUUUUAUAUUUGUUUAUUUUUUCAUAGAUUAUGACAAUUUAUCAACGAUAUCAAAAGAACAUAGUUCAAACGAAGACAUUGAUGAAAUUGAAGAUAAAAUACCUGAAAUAGUAGAAAAGAAGGUUUGUGGAAAUUGGUCGAUACAACAAGUGAUUCUGUUGAAAUUUCGCAAAUAUUUACAUUUUUUGCAAAUAUUAACCGCAAUAUUUGGUAGUUUUGCACAUGGUGGUAAUGACGUUAGGUACGUAUUGAGCUCAUGUUCUGAAAAUUAUCUAUUACGUUUUGCAUACUACUUUUCAAGCAACGCUAUCGGCCCACUUAUUGGUUUAUGGUUACUCUAUGUCGAUGGAGUAGUUGUGGGGAAAACUGCUACACCAUUGUGGGUUUUAUUUUUUGGUGGUAUUGGAAUUUCUGUCGGUUUGUGGGUAUGGGGAAGACGUGUUAUUAGAACGAUUGGAGAAGAUUUGACAAAAAUUACACCAUCAAGUGGUUUUGUUAUUGAAAUAUCAACAGCAUUCACUGUAAGCACAACUCAUUGUAAAGUUGGUAGUGUUGUGGCAAUUGGUCGUGUGCGUUCGAAACAAAGUGUUGAUUGGUCAUUAUUUCGUAAUAUAAUUGUAGCAUGGAUCGUGACUGUGCCGGUCACAGGAGGAAUCGCAGCUGGCAUUAUGGCAUUAUUAAAAUUAAUUGUUUUAUAA